CAUUAGUAAACCAGAUCGGCGGCAGGAGUUACUGGACUGCAUUGAACGCCUUGUUACUUCCGAGUCAGCGACUCCAGCGUCGCACUCCUACUGACUACUGUUGAAUGUGAACAUUCCCUCCAUCCACCGCGUAAACAAACUGCCGAAGAGACAGAGGUAGAGAUUCCCCAACCCAAUUCAAAAAGGAAAAUAUUUGUAAAGAUAUAGAUCAGAUUGUAAAGAUAUUUGUGGGUUUACUGAUCCUUGUGUCGGUAACAGUUCUCAUUCAUAAAAGCCAAUUCCCUUUUCCUUUCAUUCCAAUAGAGAGAAUUCGGAACCUGCUGCUUUAGUUGCGUAAAAGGCAAAAAGCGAAUCGUUUAUCGAGAGAUCUGUUGGUGCUUUAUAUUGUGGGAUCCGGCAUCAACGUUUGGAAGACUGCCACCUGAUUAUUAUGAGUUACCUGAGCAACGAUUUUGAUGAAAGUAAUGGGCAGAAUGAUCUGGGUGCAGUCAUACGCAAUGGAAGGGAAAUUCUUUUCCAGGCUUUUAACUGGGAGUCUAAUAAACAUGAUUGGUGGAGAAAUUUGGAAAGCAAAGUUCCUGAUAUGGCAAAAUCUGGAUUUACUUCAGCAUGGUUGCCACCAGCAAGUCAUUCCAUCUCACCUGAAGGUUACCUUCCACAGAACCUUUAUUCCCUCAAUUCUUCAUAUGGUUCGGAGCACCUUUUGAAAACUUUACUUCAAAAAAUGAAGCAAUACAAAGUUAGAGCAAUGGCUGACAUUGUAAUCAAUCAUCGCAUUGGUACUACCCAAGGGCAUGGGGGAAUGUAUAACCGCUAUGAUGGAAUUCCUUUAGCAUGGGAUGAACAUGCUGUCACGUCUUGUACUGGUGGAUUGGGUAAUCGAAGCACUGGAGACAAUUUCCCUGGAGUUCCAAAUAUUGAUCAUUGCCAACAAUUUGUUCGAAAAGAUAUUACUGAAUGGCUCCAGUGGCUACGCAAGAGUGUUGGCUUUCAGGAUUUUCGUUUUGAUUUUGCAAGAGGCUAUUCAGCAAAAUAUGUGAAAGAAUAUAUUGAAGGAGCUAAGCCAAUGUUUUCUGUUGGGGAGUACUGGGAUUCUUGCAACUACAAUGAUCAAGGCUUGGACUAUAACCAAGAUAGCCAUAGACAGCGGAUAGUCAACUGGAUCAAUGGCACAGGACAACUUUCAACUGCAUUUGACUUCACAACAAAGGGAAUUCUUCAGGAAGCUGUUAAGGGACAAUUCUGGCGACUUCGUGAUGCUCAAGGGAAACCACCGGGUGUUAUGGGAUUCUGGCCUUCAAGAGCCAUCACAUUCAUAGAUAACCAUGAUACAGGCUCAACCCAGGCUCAUUGGCCCUUUCCUUCAAAUCACAUUAUGGAGGGCUAUGCAUACAUUCUCACGCAUCCAGGGAUACCAACAGUGUUUUAUGACCAUUUUUACGAUUGGGGUGAUUCGACUCGUGACCAAAUCACGAAACUGAUGGACAUUCGAAGGCGUCAGGACAUUCACAGCCGUUCAUCUAUUACAAUUCUGGAGGCACAGCCAAAUCUCUACUCUGCAAUCAUUGGGGAGAAAGUGUGCAUGAAGAUUGGUGAUGGAUCCUGGUGUCCAGCUGGCAGGGAAUGGACACUGGCAGCUAGUGGCCAUAGAUAUGCAGCAUGGCAGAAGUAAGGUUUUUCAGCUAUUUUAUUCCCUAGGCAUGUGCAUGUCUAUUUUUGGGCUGGAGGCCCGAGGCUGAGCUUUGGUUUUUCCCAGCCGGCCACGGUGUACAUAGUGUAUCAAUAAAAGCCCUCCAAUGUCCAAGUUUGAUAUGGGAACCGAACCGUUGAACAGUUUUUCAUUUACCUUCUCAAGUGCUUGCUAAUAUAUACUAAUAUAUAUAGAAUAAUGCUA